UGACUUGCCACGGUGGCGCAACUGAGGACGAGAGUUAGCGCGGAUUUUCUUCUUCGUCUUUUUUAAUUUAGCCUCGAAUGUGUGGUUUCGGGACGCGACGUGGGUGCGUUCUCGUGAUGGAGUGGAGGCUUGUCUUCUUCAUGAAAUCGCGGUGACGAGUUUUUGAGUUGACGGUUCCGGAAUCGUGGUUUGUGCGGCGGCAGCAGGUGCGAAGGCGUGCCUGCUGAACCGCGCAUCUGGCGACGUUUGGUCACACGAUUUGCUGUGCGCGUAGUGCAUCUGUUUGUGAAUCGUGCUGCCGGCUUCUCGUGGACCGCUUGCCCAUGCGACCGAGUGGGUUUGUAAGGCCUUUGUGGUUAUCCGAGUCGUCGCCGCAACCGCUACGGAACCACCAUGAAACCUCUGGACAUCGGCGAAGUGCCUGAAGAGCUGAAGACCCGCCCUAAGGCGUUCGUUGCCUUCAUCGGUUUAGAACCGCAAGCCAACAACAUUCAUGCCGCGAUCUGGGAUGCUUUUUCAAACAAUCGUGGACCGGAUCGGUCACCACUGAACUUUGUGAUCCUGCCAGACAAGCAUGUCUUCCCGAAACCCAAGCCCAAGCACCCGUCGUACGAGUGGUACGAGGAGCGAGGUCUGCUCAAAAGCAACUGGCUGCACAAGCAUCUGGCCGAAGUGCCCGCAGUGGCCAUCCUGUUCUUCGACAUGGACUGGGACGACCCCAACUGGGCCGACAAGCGCAACGACUGCUCGGCCAAAAUACGGGCCCUCAGGGCAAGUCUACAGGGCAGGAACACCAAGGUGGCCUUGGUCCUGGUUCAAAACAACCUCUCCAUACCAGUCGGAGACAAUAUGCUGGCCACGGAGCGGGCGCACGCCUUGUGCAAUGCUUGCGAGAUUCCCCCAAAAGCCCUCUUUGUGCUCCCCUACUCAGACCACCUGUUUGGCUUCAUUCUGAGGCUGGAGACUGCCUUUCAGGAGAUCACCCAGGGCUACUACCUCAACGAGUGCAAGAGGGUCAAGGCUCACAAGGACUUUGCCAACAAGAACACCCACCAGCAACUCCUCAUCCGUCACCAGUUCAAGAUUGCGUUCCUGCACGAACUGAAACAGGAUCCAGGUGUUGCUAUUCGUCAUUACAAGCAGGCUUACGUUGACCUGCUGGAGCUGAAGACCUCAGAUGCCAACAUCCUCGAGGUCAAAACUGUUGCAGGCAUCCUCAACUACAAGCUGUGCCAGCUGGCGUUCAUGCAGAACAUUCCCCUGGAUGCCAUCCACCAGUUUCGGCGACACGUGGACAUCUUCAAGGACCGCAUCGGAAACCCCCGGCUUGCCUUCGAACACAGUGCCUGGCUGUCUAAGCAGUUCAGCCACUUCGGAGACCUGUUUGAGGAGGCCGUGAGCUUUGGCCUGACUGCGAUCCAGACGCAGCACCCGGGCUUCUACUACCAGCAGGCGGCCAACCACGCCCUCGCACGCAAGGAGCAAGCAGCUCGGCUCUGCAAGGAUGUGACCUCUCCUCCAGAUGUCAACAUGCUUGAGGGAGAGGAAUCUCUAGAGUUCUACGGCCAAAGACCAUGGCAAGCCAAAGUACAAGGAAGGGCUGAAGCACUGGAUCCACAAUUUGAGGACCUCGGAAUCCAGGCACUGCAGUACAGGGAGAAGACGCAAGUGGACCACUCGGGCCUGGUGGUUCCCCUGUUGAGCAGUGCGGUGGCUCAGUUCAAGAAGUACCGCUGCCCCCGCAUGAAGAGGCACCUCAUGGUCCAGAUUGCGGAGGAGUACUACUCCAGCUCCGACUAUGACAAGGCUCUGAGCAUCCUGAUGCAUGUUCUGUGGGAUUACCGAGCUGAGCGCUGGCGACCUCUGGUGUCCAACAUUCUGACCACUGCCCUCAAGUGUGCCUACCUCUCGGCCAGCGUGCCAGCCUUCCUGAUGCUCGGUCUUGAGUUUGCCUCCAGCUGGAUUCAGGGGACGCAAGAGGAGAAGAGCUCAAUCCAGACCAGCGUCUUCAACGUCAUCGAGGGUAACCAUCCCGUAGCGUUUCCCGGCAUGUCACAGUCCUGCAUGUCCAUUGCUGAUGCUGCCUGGAAGCAGGCACUUUCAUACCAGCCCCGGGAGCCACUGCAGAAUUUGGACAUGGACCACGUCAUCCAGUCAGUGGAGUGCAAGGUUCAGUUUGGACACAGCGCAUUCUACGCUGAUCAGCGGGUGUGCCUCAAGGUUUUCAUCAGAUCUAACUGCCCUCUUCCAAUUAAGGCCAGUGGACUGAAGGUGCACUUUAACAACCAGCACUAUAACAACUUCUGCAUCGUCGAGGAUGGUGACCCAGCCGCAGCCAUAGGCAGCCUGCACUUGGUGCCACGGAGGACACAGUCCUUCUCCUUUGCAUUCCUGCCACGGUCAUGUGACAUCAACAGCGACGUACAGGUUUGCUCGGUGCAUCUGCGACUGGGCUCUCCUCCAUCGUCCGAGCCGUCCACCGGUCUGACGCUGGCCUGGAACUGGGAAUGGCCUCCAAGCAACAGCUCAAACAAUGGUGGUGCCAGGCGGGGCCUGGCGUGGGACCCGAUCCCUCACAAGCCCUUUGGCCACGGGGAGGAAGUCGCGUUUCACCAACUGCCACAGGUGGCCUCCACUAGGAUUCACCAGAGGCGUCCCCAAGUGUCCUUGUUGCUGGAUCACAAGCCACCGGUGCUUCUACACGAGUUCUACCAGCUGGCCAUCACCAUUGUGAGCGAGGAGGUUGCACCGCUCACCGACGUCUGCCUCAGCAUCGGUCUGGUCGACGACCUUGACCCCAAGUACUACAGCACCACCCACUUCACAUGUGAGCCGACGCCCACAGUGCCAAAGCAACCAUCCAACAAGAUCAGAGGAUUUCAAAUCGAAGAUAUUCCGGCUGGGGGUAGGAAAAAGCAGACUGUUUUGCUGAGGAACUCUGAAGUUGGAACACGCAGGGUUUUCGUCAAGGUGGAGUACAAGACGGAGGUAGAGGUGGACGGCCGUGUUCUGUGCUGCACCUGCUGCCGCGAGAUCUUACUCGACCUGGAGUGCAUUGAGCCAUUCACUUUCUCAGCUAGGCUGCUCAACCUCAAGUUUGAGCCGGUGGAGGUGGUGCGAGCGGAGGAGCAAUUCGUGGUUCAAGUGGACAUGGAGUCUUGCUGCCCACUGCCCCUGGAACUCAUCUUGGGCACAGUCAGGCUGAGCCCGCAUGUGAGCACAGUGGACAAGGAGUUCCAGUCGUUGGUUGAAGGAGUGAAGCUGAACAAUGGUGAGGUGGCGCGUGACAUGUUGUGCCUGGUGGCUCCCAAUCCGGUGGAUGCACCCAGCUGCCUCGGACAGUACACCCUGCAAUGGAAGAGGGAAGGUGCUCCCGCCACAGCAACUCACACGGUGUCGCUCCCAUCAGCGCCAGUGCAGGCGUGCCCCCUCCUGUUGGAGCUGGUGGCACCGGCACACGGUCGGGUGCGCACCCCCCUGACUGUCAGCUACCUGCUGCACAACCGCACCUUGCUCGUACAGGACGUCGAGCUGGUCAUGGACUCCAGUGAUGCCUUCAUGUACUCGGGCAACAAGCUGCUGCACUUCCGCAUCCUCCCACGUGAGUGCCAGACCCUCACGUACAACCUGUACCCAUUGUUGCCGGGAUACGUGCCCUUGCCUCGUAUGCACUUGGUGCUCGGGCCAGGCACCGCGGCUGCCUCCACCCUCGACAGCCUCCUCAACGAGAUGCUGCCCUCGCACAUCUUCAUCAUGCCGCAGGCCAAGACCUCGACACCCUUCUAAGCGAUGGGCAUGACCUAGUGAAGAUCAGAACAUACACUCUAGCUUAACAACGGAAGGUUUGUAUAUAAUGCUGAAGAAAAACAGUUUCUUAAAGAAAUAAAUUGAUUUUGAAAGUUUU